AAUUUUCCUUCAACAAAUUUUCUGUGAUUCGUUUUCCUAAUCAAAAGCACGAUGGAGACCGUGAAUUUGGAGGAAAAUUUCAAAUUAUUCUAUCGUAUAGCAAAGGUUUUAAUUUUGGAAUUGAGAGACGAAGACAAGGUCCUCGCCGCACAAUGGCUGCGCAAGCUGGCCGCAUGUCAGUCUCCUGGCGACUCGGAACGACGCAAUCAGUACAUGACUCUGCUGUUGAUCACCCUGCAGCAGAAACGCGUCGUUGGCCCAUUCAAAAAGACCCCACCGUCCGGCAACAAAUUGGAACCGUUUUCCAAAGACUUCCAACCAACUGAUAUCCAAAAGCUCCUCAAUGAAGAACUAGCCCAAGUACCACCGCCUCCACUGGUUCAGUUUGGUCUCGCCGGUGGGCCACUGGCGACCGAGUUUGCCGUAACGCAGGAGAUUCCAAAAUUUGGAGUUCACUUUUACUACGUUUAUACCCUGGAACCCAUCUAUGACUUCCAACAAGCCAACCAGUCCCGAAUUCCACGAGCCUUGCAAGGUCCAUCGCAGUCUACCAUGCGGGAGCUGAAUGCCGGAGUCGAACGUUUGCUACGAUCGGAGAAAAAGAAACUGAAGAUCGUUGUUGACCAGUCCGGUAGGAAGCAAAUUAAAAUACGCGAUGAACACUUUGCACAAUUCUCCGAAUCGAGACGCCCUCGCAUGAUACCGAAACGCUUACAGAAACGAUUGGGUUUUCAAGCACCAGAACCGGAACCUGAUACCUUGACGAGUGUCGUCUAUGAACAGCAACCAUCACCACGACGGACACCACAAGCAGUUGCUCCUUCCACAUCAACAACUACGGUCGAAGAGGCAGUUGCUGCAGCUGUUGGAUCUGCCGUUGCAACUGCUGCCAGCGCUGCACGCAGAACAGGUGCAAUUCCCAAAACAAGAACUUCUCUAAGAAAACCGGGUGCAGCACCACCUAAACCACCACGACAGGUUCCAACGAGCAUCACCAGAGAUCGUGCAGUGCAGCAACCGACUGCACGUGUCAAAUCUCCUGCGGUACCCAUCCGGACUCCAUUGAGAUUCACACCACAUCCAGAUGCACUCCCUACACCUCCGCUGUUUGCAGCAGGAGCUCCAGCAAGGGGCCUAACCUAUCAACCAGAGCAAUUCGGAUUAGACCCAGGCACCAAGUUCAUCUAUCCAACGAGGGAUAUCCUGAGCUCUAAAUGGACACCUAAAAAACGUGGCACACGAGUUCAAAUGCGGGAUAUCAUCAGCCAGCAUCCUUUUACAGAAGAACUUCGGCAGACAACACCCGAAGAACGACAGCGCAUACCAACACCAGAGAUCGAACAGGAAGUACAAGAAAUUAAGAGGCGCUCCCAGUUGAUCAGCGGUGCGCAAGACACAAGGACAAGACAACUUAUGCAAAAAUACUACGCUACGAAGCCGGUCCGUCCCAGAGCUAUCGACUUCUCGGUAAAUGUAGAGUCAUACGAAGAACAGAGGGAAGACUCUAGACCAUUCCAACCAGUUUUUUCAAGCGAAGAGCCUAGUAGAUCGUUCCAACCAUUUUUAUUGGAUGAUAGCCCUGUUGACGAGCUCAUUGCCGAACAAGAGAUGCCUGGUGAAGAACUUUUUGCGGAAUAUCAGUAUUACUCACCUCCCAGAACAGAUCAAGCGAUGCCAGCCGCACGAAGCCACACACCUCGAACAUCAACACCACGUGCACCUACACCAUCGCCAAGACAAUCCAGAGGCACUGAUUGGUUAGCCGUUGACGAGGAUCUUCUAGACGAAGAAGACAUUCAACUAGUAAAUGAUAUUAUAGGUCCUUUGCCAAGUCCACGAAGGAGAACACCUACUCCAACUCCUAGGACUCCAAUUAGCGCAACUCGAAGAUGGUUGGAAGAGCAAGAGAGAAGCACGAGAGGUCCACUGCCCUCUCGCCGGUAUACUCCUGAAGUAUCUCCUGGAGGCAAAACGGCUCGCCUAAUUGAUAUUAGCGGAGAAAUACCUCCUAUCAGCCCCAAAUCGCCGACGGUCAUAGCGUCGAUGAUGGAUAAUAUUAUCAUGGCAACUCCGGAAAGGAUGAAUGCGAUCAUGACCCAAAUCAGCCAUCAAGUGGAUGCUCAUCAAGAAUUGAUUGAAAGUAUCGAAGAAAUACCAAGAACACCAUCGAUAGAAAAACUUAAAGCCGAGUGUGCCAAAGGAGCUGAAACAUUAAAAGCACUCCAAGCGCGGCUGAAUAGCAUUCGUCAAACCCAAUCUGUGAAACCUAAAACACCUCCUCAAAUGGAACCUGCAGAACCGGAAUUGUCAGACGAACCUAUACCGUUCAGUCCACUUGGCUUAUCCUUACAACUUCAAGACCUAUCCGAUGUGAUCGAUGCUACACUAGAGGGUGCUCAAGCGAUUCAAGAAGUGGCUGACACAGUUCCGGAUCCGGUUGUUCAGGAAGCCGCCGAUAAAAGUACUAGCUCGGUUGAUGCUUUGCAGGAGAUAUCCGAUCGAAUAAAAGAUGUCGCCACCAUAUGGGAGCAGCGGAUCAUGGAUCUCGAUACGUCUUCACUUGGGCUUAUCGAAGAUGAAUUGUUGGACGAAAAUGUCUUUGGAAGCCCUGAACGCGAAGCAACAAAUAGAAUAGUUGAUGCUCUGGAUCAGUCAGUGAGAGAAGUCAUUGCUGAAGGUUGCGAUCCUCAUUCACCAGCAGCGCAAAAUUUGCAAACGACGCUGCGUGAUUUCAAGCAAGCUCUACAGAAUUUAAGCUUUGAUUCAACAUCUUUUCUGGACGGUAGUUUUCGAGUAGAUGAGCUGCUAGAGGAUACCAUCGAGGAAUUGGAAAUUUCCCUGCAAUCAGAAGCGGCUGCACUUUCUGCUAUAUCCCAAACGCCAGGGAAAGAAACAAUUCUCAGUAGGGCGGAAGGUGUCGUCGAAGGAAUGAACGAUGUGCUGGAUGACAUAUUGGCAGUUGAAAGUUCAAGCACUCCUCCACAAAUCGUGGUGACACCUCCAACACCUCCUAAACAGAAAAUAGCCACCCGAUUGAGGGAACUACAGGCUGCCCAACGACGAGUUCCUGAAGACGUGUUGGUUAUGCUGGAUGAUGUGGAAGCUGAAGAGCCCUGGUAUGAGCCAUUCACGUUGAACCUACCUGAAGAACGCCGAGAAGCACCCACACAUCGCAGACCACCAACCAGUGCCAAUGAAAUACUUGAUGAAGAGGACAUGACAUUUGAUGACUUUUUAAUGGACGAUGAUGAAGAAGACGCAAGACAAUUCUUUGCAGCACCAGUGCCACAGUUCGAGGAUGAGAUUCUAAAUAAAUCCUUCAUGGAAACAGAUGACAUAUUCGGGGAAGAAUUCGUUGCAUCGCCUACGCGUUACACUCCUAGUCUGCAACGGACGACUUACACGCCUCGUUCCAGCGACCGAAGAAAAGUAGCAUUCCAAGAUGAGGCCAUGCAACAGCAUGUGUUAGACCUGCUCGAAAAUACCCAACACCAGCAAGAAGCUCUAAUUCAGGCUAGUCGUGACAUUCAAGAAAAUUCCAAAGAUGCUGUGGCCAUUGCCGCUAGCCAGCAAGUAGAGCAGAGAAUUGCAAGUGCUCAGCAAGUUGUAACAGACAUGAUUUCCAACGCUCACAUGCCGCGAUCUCCCCUGCGGGAAGAAGAACGAGAUUUCGCCUGGUUGGGACCAAUGGGCGGCACACAGUCAAAACUCAAAAGACCACCCUCAGCCAUUCCUUCGAGGCCAACUGCAACAAGGCGACAGCUAAGGGCUCCUACAAAGCCUUCCGGUUCUGCACCUGCCCGGAGUACAGUCAAACCACCGGCAAUUCGACGCCCAGCACGAGGUGCAUCACCGCAAGCAAUAGCCCAACCCACGGGCGUUCAGAUGACAAGACCACGAGCUGGCUCAGCAACACCCGUACCGGUCAGACGACCUCCUCAGCCAAUUCCUUUGCCCAGUACGCCUUCAUCCACACACAUACCAGCGCAGGCGUCUUCUUCGAUUCGGACCAUGCUACCGCGACCGAGCUCGCGGGACGGACCCGUUAAGGAACGAUAG